UCAGGUUCUUGCCAACCCUAAUCUGAUUGGCUCAGUCUUUGUACCUGACCGGGUAAGCCCCGCCUUCGGGCUUUAGCCUCUGAGCUGACGUUGAUCCGAGGAUAUACACCAUAAGGUGCUCUCUGCUUUUUAAUGUGUGUGGGGGGGUCAGUGUGUGUGUUAUCUAUUGUUCUAUCUAUUGUUUAUUCCUAAAAGCCUCAGUCUGCCUUUUUGAGUGGCACUCAGUGGCUUUUUUCAGGGAUUUCAUCACAAGUCAGGAGGAUAUGGAGAGUGAAAGACAAGCUGCAGAAGAUUUGACAACAACAGAAACAACUGGUUCUUGAGGCCUGACCGAGCCCAGGAAUGGCCUUCAUUGAACUGAAAUGGAGUUCGUUUAAGGCCGAGGCUCUAGUCUGCUCACUGCUGGUCCUCCUGUGUAUGCACACAGCCACAGGAAUGUCAGGGUGGGGUGGAUGUUUGGAUGGUCAGGAUGUAUUUGCAACAAUCAGAGAAAACAGCCAUUCGGGAGAAGUUAUUGCUGAGCUCGUGGGUGAGACUACAAUGGAGGGGGUUCACUGGAGCCUGGAUGGAAAGGAUGCUGAUUGGUUCUUCUUGGAUGAGGGGAGCAUCCGGCUGAAUACAUCCGCUGACCAGGUCCUUGACCGAGAGAUUCAAGGUCCUGUACUAAUGGCUGAGUUGUCAUGUUAUGAGGACGACACUCUUCAGAGUGUGUACGGGAUCAUGGUGGAGAUUCUCAAUGUGAAUGAUAACUCCCCUGUGUUUGCAGAAAACACUGUCCAGUCUCUUAUUAUCAGUGAGCUGACUCCAGUGAAUACUGUGGUGUUCACUGUCCAGGCCACAGAUGCAGAUAACGACAAGAUAAUUUACUCCAUUGACCAAGCAUCACCUGAUGCAGAGUACUUCAAGAUUGAUCUCCCCAACAGCGGAGAGGUGAUCCUGUCCAAGCCUCUAGACUAUGAGACCAAAACCCUGCUUACUGUCACCAUCCAUGCCUCGGAAAUGAACACAGCUGAGCGUUUCAAUACCAGCACCAACAUCACCAUCACCAUCCUGGAUGGAGACGACCAGUACCCACAGUUUCUGCCCUGCAUGCUGCUUUUCCAGGAUGAGACCAGUCGCAUCUGCACUAGUCCAGUGUACACAGUCAAUGUCACAGAGGGGGAAGAGGACAUAGUCUUGGACUUCUCUCCUGGUCCCAUUCAUGCAGUGGAUGGAGACAGAGGACUCAGCUCCCCCCUCAGUUAUGCCAUUCUCUCAGGAGACGAUGAUGGGCAUUUCCUGAUGGACAGAGAAACGGGGGAGGUGAAGCUGAUUCGGAGGGUUGGAGACAGGCUCACAACUCCAGAGCUGCAUCUACAGGUCAUGGCAUAUCAGGACGACGACCCCAGGAAGUAUUCUGUUGCUACAGUGUUGGUCCGAGUUGUGGCAGUGAACCGGUUUUAUCCAGAGUUUGACAUGGCUGAAUAUAAAGGCUUUGUAACUGCCGGAAAGAGCGCUGCCUCGCUGGUCAAAACCUACGGCAGCAAAGCACUGAUGUUACAUGUACAAGAUCAAGACUUUGACCAUGGCUUCAAUCCCAUGAUCCACUUCAACUUCAGUCCUACAUCCAAUCACACAGACAUCUACCAAAUCACACAGGAGGGCCUUCUGAUCGCCAGGACUGAUCAGCUCAAACCAAAACAGAGACACGUUCUAGAGAUAACGGCUAUAGACCAGGAUUCGGGUGACGCCACCUUUGCUACUGUAGUGGUGGAGGUGUUAUCUGAAGGACAAUCAAUCCCUUAUAGUCCACUGGGAGAUGACCAUCCGAUAAGCUGCACUAUGGGCAAAGCGUUGUUUCUGAGCAUGGUGUUCUUGACUGUACUGGGAUGUAUCCUGUGUGUGGUGAUGUGGCUAAAGAAGAAACACAAGGGAAAGAGGAACCCACUGCAGAGAGGCUGUGUGGCUCAGGGCAAACACCCCAAUGUGAGCUUACGUUGGUUCCAACUGGCGAGUCACCGCAGCACCAUGCCGCACACAGAGGAAAUACCAAACAACAAUGAAGAAUAUGGAACCUGCAACCCUUCCUUCAGCUUCGCAGACAAUCCUGGCAUCUACACCCACCAUGACCUCCCCUCCUGCCGAGGACCUGUUCCACCAAGAACGGCUGCUGCUCCCGACACCAGCUUCAUCCCCACUGAAGCUGUGCUCAGCCCUGUGAUCUUCAAUAAUAAUGUUUCUACACCAACCAAAAGCUCCUCUACUUUUCUCACCUUUCACCCAGCCACUGAGGAUGUGAGCCUCACACAUUUGGCUCAAGAUGCUGCUCCACCCGAUGAAAACCCUAGCUCACCAACUGAUACAUACCUUGACUCUACUGAGGCCCUAAACAGCAGCAGUCCUAGCCCUACAACUCCUGAUGCCUCUAGCACUCCACCAUUCACCUGUCCGGAUUCACAAACUACACAAACAACCACCGACGAUGACCCUGCUGACCCUGUCACCAGCCCAUCCUCCCAAGCCAGUAUUCCAUGCAGUCAUACCCGAAUUGCUUCAGCAGAAAUAGACAAACCCUUCCGCAAACCUCGUAUGAAGACACCCCCAUAUUCACCCUUACUGUCCUCACCCCUGCCCAAGCAGACAGGCACACCCCCACCCACCCCAGAGGAUGCACCUUUACAAGCCAACCUCGUAGAUAUAGAUACGUCUCCCCUUGAUACACCUCCAGUAACACCAGAGCGAACAUCUAUGACUCUAAGAUCAGAGGAAGACCAACCUUGCACAUCACUGGACCAAGCAGAGCAAUCAGAGCACCCAGCCGAGGAUGCAGACGCCGGCAGUCCAUCUCAGGACAGGAGGCCCUCGACAAUCUCGGGAAACACGCAGGACAGCCGCGGGGCGGGGGAUGUGGAUGUGGAUGCUGAUGGCUUUUUGGGUGAUGAAAAUGCAGACAAGAACAGUGAUGAUGACGAUGAGUUACUGUCAGACGAAGAAGAGCUGCUGAGAGUGAUGGCUCGUUGUAAUCCUAUUUUUAUCACAUUUAACAAGUGA